AUGUUCAAUGGGAAACUACAGUCCCAUGAUUGGCUCACUGUCAACAAGUAUGCCAUUAAGGGAAUGUAUCAAAAUCUGAGUGAGGUUCAAACCAAAGCCCACUGUGCUAAACAGGUUUGGAACAGACACAGUGUUCCCAGACAUAGGUUCACUAUGUGGUUAGCUAGCCAAGACAGAUUGAAGACAAGGGCUAGGUUGGUUAAGGUUGGCAUUGGUAAUGACAGUCAAUGUGCUGUAUGCUGUUUCUCAGAAGAAACAAUUACACAUCUGUACUUUGGGUGUGCUUAUAGUGCUAGUUGCAAGGCUGUGGUGUUCCAAUGGUUAGGCCUUUCUGACCAUAGGGGUGAUCUUCAUAGAACACUGAUUUGGCUAAGAAGACAAGGCACAAGCAAGUUCAGAAGACAGGUGAUCUAUGCUGCAUGUGCAGGCUUAAUUUAUCACCUAUGGAGAGCUAGGAACCAUGCAGUUUGGGAUGCUGUGGUGCCUACUGUGUUGCAAACAGUUAAGAGAGUCAAGAUGGACACCAAAGGUCGAAUUCAACAGCUGAUUGGGAAGAAAGUAAAAGCUUCUGAUGUUGAGUGGUUUAGUGCUUUGUGA